AUGACAUCUUUCAGUGAGUUAGGUAUUGGUUUAGGGCUAGUCUUCGGUUGCCUUCUUUUAGCAAUUGUUGCCGAGCUUUACUACUUGCUAUGGUGGAAGAAGAGAAUCAGCAACAGAGAAGUCGAAGAAGAUGAUGGUUAUAGCAGCAACUAUGCUACGGGAUUCUUUCAUCUUAUUUGCUGGAAAAAACCCUCCUUUUUCAGAAGUAACAUUACUCAAGAUGGUGUGAGAGAUCCAGAAGCCCCUUGCCAAGAACCAGACCAAGAAUUAGGCUCGAGCAAAGAUUUGCAUAUAAAAGCAUUUGGUGAAGAAAGUGUGGAAUCUGAGAUCAUGAGGCUGCACAACCUUUGUGGUCCACCUAGAUUUCUCUUCACUAUAAAAGAGGAGACAAAGGAGGACUUGGAGUCUGAUGAUGGGAGGUCCAGAGGCGAUAGGAGCAGAAAGGGGUCGAGGACAAAAAGCUUGAGUGAUCUUAUGGUCACUAUUGACACCCCAUUCCUUUCUCCUUUGGCUUCUCCACGUUUAAAAUCCCCUCCUUUCAAUGUUUUUGAUUCUUAUCAUCACCAUGGAUUCAAUCCACUCUUUGAAUCAUCAGUGGAAGCAGAGCUUAGCCGGCUGAGAUCUUCCCCACCUCCAAGAUUCAAGUUCUUGAGGGAUGCAGAGGCGAAACUGUUUAGAAGGUUAAUGGAAGAAGCCGAGAACAGGGCAUCUAAAAAUUGUGUUUCUGUUCAAGAUUCAUCGGAGAUUAAAGUAUCUAAUUCAACGAUGAUAACAGAAGAGACAGGAGGGUCUUUUUUAGGCUUUAUUGUUGGCCAGAACAAAGAAAGUGAAAUUCUACAUCGUCUACCACAAUAUCAUUCAAGUUCUUCUCAGGUACUCCCAUUGGCUUCUUCCCCUACAACAUUCAGACCCCUCGACAAGAAGCCCGCUGUGCAUUAA